AUGCCGAGCGAGAGAAGACGAGAGCAGAACCGGAUAGCGCAGCAGCGAUGGCGUGAGCGCAAGCGCCAACACCGCACUGGCUCUUCUACACCCGCGAGCUUGGCUGCGACAAUUGCUGGAGAAGACAGUGGCUCGCAGGAUGUCACAGAAUCCACAACAACGGCGGCCGUCGACUUCUACGCCCGCCUGGCUCAAUCUUUUUCUCUGGUACCGUUGUGUCAGCUGUACGACGUGCGCCGACAGGUGGUCUUGCAGCCUCGAUGGGACCUCAUCCGGGUCCUUGCCGAAGCCGCAACGAGAUUGGGCGCGUCUCGGCAGUACUUUGACGGGAUGUGCGAGCGUCUCCUAAAGGAGUCUGGAAUGCAACUUCUUAGACCAUGCCCUUUGGGCUCAUCUUGCUGGUCUUGCCGGUCCAUCUUCACAAAGAGCCAGGAACAGUUCGACUGGGAGAAGCUUCCGAGUAACCUACAGCCCACGCAGCUUGCGACCCGUAUCGAUCAUCAUCCAUGUAUUGAUCUCGCAUUUCCCUGGCCCACCGUGCGGGAAAGGAUCUUUGCUCACUUCGCCUGUGGGAAGCUGAAUCGCGAGGCCUUUUGCCGCAACAACCGGCCAGGCAACCACGCAGAAGAUGCACCCUACCUUGUUUAUGGUGAUGAUCCUUUCGAUCCGGAGGCGUACGAGGUCAACGAAGACUUCGUCAGCAAAUUUCCCUUUCUCUUUGACGGUGAUGUCCUUAAGCGUACCAAUUGGUGGAGGAGGCAGCGCGGCGCCUCUCCGAUCAUGGUGGUCUCACCAUGA